AUGCAUGUAAAAUGUUUUGAUAAUUAUUUCUUAUCUUUAGAACAAAGGCAUCAAUUACAAUUGACCAGAAAUCAUCCAGAAGAUGUGAAACGUAAAGAGUUCUUGUGUCCUUUAUGCAAAAGUCUAGGAAAUGUAUUAUUCCCAAUAACGUGGAAAGGGAAAAAGGAAGUAUUUCCUGGUGUGCUGGAAGUACAAGAAGAUUUUGGGACAUGGAUAAAUAGUAAAUGUAUGGCGGGAAUGACGAAAUUAAAUUCAUUUGCACAAUCAUUAGAUCAAACAGUUUUUAAUGAACCACCUAGGCGAUACACACAAAAUUUAAGAAACUCUUUUGAUGUUAGAGAUUUGGCUCAGACAACUGGAUUUUCACCUUUGGCUCAAACACAAAGACGACGUAAUCACAACGAUUCAUAA